AUGACAUCGGGACUGGGGGACCCUCUCAUACCACGGCAGGCCGACGUUGGAAAGACGCUCGAGGGUUUGAUCUCAAACCCGUUCAUAGCCUCUUUCUCAGCAGACUCGACAUUAGCAUCCUUGAUCUUUUCGCUCGUCACCGCGGCGGUCAUCGCACUACUCUUCUGUUUCCUUCGACCUUACAACAGUGUUGUCUACGCCCCGCGAGCGAAAUACGCAGAUGCCAAACAUGCUCCACCGCCAGUGCCAAAGGGCCUCUUUGCCUGGAUUCCGCCGCUUAUCAAAACGAAAGAGCAAGACAUCGUUGAAAGAGUGGGAUUAGAUGCGGCCGUGUUCAUGCGGGUAAAUCGCAUGUUGAGAAACGUAUUCGCCAUCAUCGCGGUGCUGGGCUGUGCGAUCAUAAUACCGGCCAAUCUGGUGGGAGCAAGCAAGGCUAAGACACCGCCUGGUGUCAACUUCUUCCUGAGAAUGACGCCGCAAUACUCCUGGGGACAGACGAAGACAUUCUGGGCGCAUGUUGUGACUGCGUACUUCUUUGACGGAGUUAUCAUCUACUUCCUGUGGUUCAACUACAGGCACGUGGCAAAGAUGCGCAGGGAAUACUUCAACAGCCAAGAUUACCAGCGUAGUCUACACGCGAGGACCCUCAUGGUUACGGAUAUCCCACAGCAGUUCCGAUCGGACGAAGGCAUUGCGAGAUUGACUGAUGAGGUCAAGGCGACCCACGACAUGCCACGUACCGCCGUCGCGCGCAAUGUCAAGGAUCUACCAGAUCUGGUGGAAGAGCACACGGAAACAGUGAAAGAGUUGGAAGAGCAUUUGGCAAAAUAUUUGAAGAAUCCUGAUCGACUCCCCGCGAAGCGACCACAAUGCAAACCACACAAGGCAGACAAAACCUAUCCGAAAGGAUCACGAGUAGAUGCUAUCGAGUAUCUGACUGGACGCAUCAAGGAGCUUGAGAUCGAGAUUCGAGAAGUGCGAGGAUCCGUGGACAAGCGCAAUGCACUUUCGUACGGUUUCGCAAGCUACGAAAACAUUCCUUCCGCGCACAGCGUGGCGUAUGCAGCACGCAACAAGGCACCCCAAGGUUCAAUCAUCCGACUUGCGCCUAAGCCAAACGAUCUGAUCUGGAAGAACCUGAAGAUGUCUAAGAAGCAACGAUCGAGGCAAAACUUCCUCAACAGCUUCUGGAUCACACUCUUGACUAUCUUCUGGGUGGUGCCGAACAUUUUGAUUGCAGUCUUCCUGUCGAAUUUGGCAAAUCUGGGCAAAGUUUGGCCGGCCUUUCAAACGAACCUGGAGCAAAACCGCGGCUGGUGGGCAUUAGUGCAAGGUAUCGCAGCACCUGCUAUCACAACGCUGUUCUACUUCUACCUGCCAUCAAUCUUCCGCAAGUUGUGCAUGAAUGCAGGAGACGUAAGCAAGACCAGCAGAGAACGACAUGUUGCGAGAAGCCUUUACAACUUCUUUUGCUUCAACAACCUGAUUGUCUUCUCGGUGUUCUCUUCUAUAUUCUCCUGGGUUGCACUUCUUAUCGGCGGCAAGAGCUAUGACGAGACCCAACCGAUCAAUUCGAUCAUGAUUGGUCUUUGUACGGUUUCCCCGUACUGGAUAUCGUGGAUGUUGCAGCGCAAUUUAGGUGCUGCUGUUGAUCUCAGUCAACUAUGGACCUUGAUCUGGGGCUCAUUUUCAAGACGAUUCCUCUCGCCGACACCUCGACGACUGAUCGAGCUGUCCGCACCUCAGCCGUUCGACUACGCCAGCUACUACAACUACUUUCUGUUCUACUCGACAGUCGCCAUUUCGUUCGCCACCAUUCAGCCGCUGAUCUUGGUCGUCACUGCAUUAUACUUCUGCAUGGACUCGUUCAUGAAGAAGUACCUUCUUCUUUACGUUUUCAUCACCAAGUACGAGUCAGGUGGCAUGUUCUGGCGUUCGUUCUUCAACAGAAUGCUGUUUCUGUCAUUCUUCGGCAAUUGCGUCAUGGCUCUCGUGAUCUACGGCGCGGGGGGCGAUGUUGAUAUAACCUGGCCUUUGCUUGCAGCAAUGGUGCCACUGCCCUUGAUCAUCAUCGGAUUCAAAAUCUACUGCAGACGUACCUUUGACGAUGAGAUUCACUACUAUCAGAAAGGGCAGGUCAUGGACGAUGCAGAGUUCAGCGCUGGAGUGAGCGAGGAGGGCAAGAAGAAGCGAAAGGGUGAUAGAAUGGCUGUCCGAUUCGGACAUCCCGUGCUGUACAAGCCACUGAUCACACCGAUGGUCCACUCAAGGAGCCAACAUCUACUCAAGAACAUCUACACAGGCCGAACAUCCGCGGAUGCAGAUCAGACGACGCUGGCCGGCUACAGUGAUGUGUACAUGGACGAUAUGAAUGCCCAAAAGCCAGGCAAGUCAGCAGCCACACUACCUGGCGGACCGCAAGGAUGGGAGAUUGUUGACGAGAACAACAUGGACUUCGAACACUACAAGAACAGACCAGAAUUCCGCGAUGAAGCUGGUGGUGACGGCGAGUUGUAUGGACAUGCCGCAGAUAUGGUCAGGCCUGGUACACCCUCGAGUGUCAUGACCGGUUUGACAAGACGUGCUGGCACAUUCGAAUCAGAUAUGAGUUUUGGUCACGACCGGAGUGCGAGUGGCUCUCAAGAGCCACCAUUCUCUCGUGACAGGAGCCAGUCUGCGGACUCUGAGCGUACUAAGACUGGCGAGGGUGGUGUUGAGUACCCUCGCGGAUACCACCAGACACCUUCCAACCUCAGAGGCGAAUCUCCUGCUGGCUUCGCGCGGCCGCAACAUCUUCGUGGUCAAGAGAGCAGAGAAGGCCUAACAGCUUUCGCGGCACCAGUCGGUCAGAGCACUCCUAGUGGGGACUUUGGAGGCUAUGGACCUGUCAGGUACGGAAACGUGCCUGGCCAAACACCAGAUUACACCCCUGGUGAAGAAGACACGAGUUACGAUUAUUUCAGACGUGGGCGGACACAAGGACGAUAG